AAUACCUGCUUUCUGAACGCCAGUAGCCAGCUUCACCUUAGCGUUGAGCUUCGCGCUGCUGAACUCUCCGCGGUCAGAAUACUUAGCCCUUGUUAUCGGCACCUCCUCGCUGCCAAGACCUUCUGGUUGCCAGAAGGAACGCUUGGCUUCGCCCGGCGCGUCUGUUCCUCGAGCAAGGUCCCCCCGCUCUCGUUAAGCUCGGUAUCUCCUCGGUCUCAACCCCAACCUUUGACGGACAAGUAUUGAGCCGUGUGUCUUGAUGUCUAACAUUCAGCCUCCUGAUGCUUCACUGGAAAAGCACGGAUACACGUCGGAACCCUACAAUAUCAGCGGUUUCCCGAAGCUUGCUCUUCAACGACGCAUAUCGUCGAGGAGCUCGGAAGGCAUCCUAGUCGACGGUGAAACUGCCCGACGACCCCUCCUCACCACCCGCAUAUUUUCCGGACCCCAUCUCUUCCCUUUCGUAUAAAGCCUGCCUCGGGCUUCAUAGAUCCAGCAUCGAGCUCCACAGCUUCGUUCUCGACAGCCAACGGAUCUCGCCCUCGGCCUUCGGCCUUCUCCCCGAUCUCCUAGCAAGAUGUUCUCCUCCCUCGCCCUCAUCUCCCUCUCCUAUGCCGCGAUCGUGCACGGCCAGCAAGCCGGCACGCUCACGACCGAGACGCACCCCAAGCUGACGGUCCAGAAGUGCUCGGGCUCGAAUAGCUGCACGACCGAGAACCACUCCGUCGUGCUCGACUCGAAUUGGCGCUGGCUCCACUCGACCAGCGGCAGCAACAACUGCUACACCGGCAACACCUGGGACACGUCCCUCUGUCCCGACCCUGCGACUUGCGCGCAGAACUGCGCCCUCGAUGGCGCUGACUACUCCGGCACAUACGGCAUCACGACGAGCGGGAAUGCGCUCACCCUCAAGUUCGUGACGAACGGCCCGUACUCGACCAACAUCGGCUCGCGUGUGUACCUGAUGGACACGGCCGACUCCAAGUACCAGCUGUUUAACCUCAAGAACCAGGAGUUCACGUUCGACGUUGACGUGUCGCAGCUCCCCUGUGGCCUCAACGGCGCGCUCUACUUCGUCGAGAUGGACGCCGACGGCGGCACCAGCCGCUUCUCCACCAACAAGGCCGGUGCCAAGUACGGUACCGGCUACUGCGACACCCAGUGUCCACACGAUAUCAAGUUCAUCAACGGCGAGGCGAACGUCGUCAACUGGACCGCGUCUCCCAGCGACCCGAACGCGGGCACUGGCCAGUACGGCUCGUGCUGCAACGAGAUGGACAUCUGGGAGGCCAACUCGCAAGGCGCGGCCGUGACGCCCCACGUCUGCAGCGUCCAGGGCCAGACCCGCUGCUCCGGCACGCAGUGCGGCGACGGCGACCAGCGCUACGACGGCAUCUGCGACAAGGACGGCUGCGACUUCAACUCGUGGCGCAUGGGCGACCAGACGUUCCUCGGCCCCGGCAAGACGGUCGACACGACCAAGAAGUUCACCGUCGUCACCCAGUUCUACACCUCGAACAACUCGACCUCGGGCACGCUCUCCGAGAUCCGCCGGCUGUACGUCCAGAACGGCAAGGUGAUCGCCAACUCCAAGACGAAGAUCUCCGGCCUGUCUGCGUACGACUCGAUCACCGACGAGUUCUGCAACGCGCAGAAGACCGCGUUUGGCGACACGAACUCGUUUGAGAAGCUCGGCGGGCUCAACGUCAUGGGCCAGUCGUUCGACAAGGGCAUGGUCCUCGUCAUGUCCGUCUGGGACGACCACGAGGCGCAGAUGCUCUGGCUCGACUCCAACUACCCCACCAACGGCUCCGCGUCGACGCCCGGUGUCUCCCGUGGCCCCUGCGCGACGACCUCUGGUCAACCUACCGACCUCGAGAAGAACAGCCCCGGCGCGACCGUCAUCUUCUCCAACAUCAAGUACGGCCCCAUUGGCUCGACCUACGCUCACUAAACAGCCACCUGGUGGGCUUGCGAGACGCUUGCGCGGAUCUUCCAGCCAUCGUCCCAAUCCUCAUUCCCAAAAGUCUCGGUUCUCUUCUCACUAGCCGUCUAAUUGGAAAGCACGGUAUGAUGUAGUUAAAUGUCUCUGCUCGGAUACAGGUCCAAAAUACACGAUUUCCUCGCAAC